AUGGCAUUAGCAGAGCUCCCAGGGACCAUCGACUUUCUCACCGAUGCAGCACACCUCCUGCGCACGACAGCUCCAGAGACUUCGGCUCAUCUUAUGAGCCACCGCGGCAAUCUUCUCUCACAAUUCCGUGUCUCGCCGUCUGAUGUCCAACGACAGCACGUAUGCGGAGGCUGCGGUCUCAUAAUGAUUCCAGGUCAAGAAACCAUGCUGAAACUGGAGGCUCGAAAAAGCAUGCGAGCCAAGACAAAGGGUAAAAAGUCUGGCAUCAACUCAACCCCCAAAGACAACAAUGAAGGGCCAUGCAAGAUCCUUCACUGCGACAACUGUCAACGAGAUACGAAGAUUGUCCUCCCAGCUCCAGCGCCAGCAGUGAGACGAAAAACAGCGCAGAACAAAGUCAAGAAGACUGUUGCGCCAGUUGAACCGCCUAAGCAAAUUUCAAACGCCAGCAGUAAGAAACGCGCUAGAAAUCGAAAGGCUGGGCUCCAAGCUUUGCUUUCAGGACAAAAGCAGCAAAGCGCCAAUCCUCUCAGUCUUUCUCAUUUCAUGAAAUGA